GUACACCUCAAGUCACCCUUCAUCAUGAACGGAGUAUGCGUGAGGUUCAAGGGUUACGUCGACCUCGAGAGACUGGAUGGAGUGGGAUGUCUCGAGUACGACGAGGACACCGCCCGUAUCGAGGACACCAUCUUGAGAGACGAGUUGGAGAAGUACAAGGCCAGGUUGAGGGAGUUCGAGGACAAGCAGAGACCCUUCAAGCCUUUCGCCACAUCCUCCACCGCUAAGUGAGAACAGCAACCCUCCCUGCACCAGCUGUUGUCUCCCCACACCACCUGGCAUCACUAAAAACCACCUGAAGCCUCUGAAUGCCACCUGCGAUGAUCUGACACCAUCUGGCAUCGAUCAGUUACCACCUGUGAUGAUUUGACACCACCUGGGCUCAUUAGAAACCACCUGCAACCUCAAAACCAGCUGGAAAUAACUGAUACCAAGUGAAAUUAUUAAGUAACAAUCAAUUCGGGUUAACAGUACACGUCAUAGUCACGAAACGCCUAUCAGAUCACGCCGUUCUGAAUACGUCACAAGCGGGAGCACCAAUUAUAUCUUGCUAUCUUGUCUACGUCACAAGGUCGGAACACCAAUCAUGUUCUAACUAUUUCGGAGACGUCACAGCAGUUGAAGACCAAUUAUACAUUAGUUAUGUCAGAAAUAGAACACCAAUCACAUCCCACCAUCCUGGCUUAUUGGCCUAUGUCACAAACAUCACACCAUCAUAGCUAUGUCACAAGGAUGAUACACCAAUCACAUUACACCAUCCAGGUUACGUCACAAGGAUGAUACACCAAUCACAUUACACCAUCCAGGUUACGUCACAAGGAUGAUACACCAAUCACAUUACACCAUCCAGGCUACGUCACAAGGAUGAUACACCAAUCACAUUACACCAUCCAGGCUACGUCACAGCUUCAGAACACCAAUAGGCGGCCUUAAUGAGCCAGAAUUUAAUAGUGACGCCAUCAACAACUACUAACGAGGUGCUAUGGUAGUUAAAUGCAUCAACAUAGAAGAGAAUUAACGAACGAGGUUUUAACGAAAGAGAAUAAUAAGAUAAUCUUGAUAAGGUGUGAUAACAGAAUACUUAAAGAAAAUCCAAAUAAUAGUGAUAAUAAUAAUAAUAAUAAUAAUAAUAAUAAUAAUAAUAAUAUCAGUCCAGAUGGGUGUUUGUGAUGGGCAAUUUCAGAUAAUUACUGUACUGGUUGUUUGCCUUAACUACAGAAAAUAAUUCAUUGUGCUAACAUACAGAAAAUGGUUGUAAACAAGAAAUAUAACUACCCCAUUGGUUGUGUGAACUGUAAAAAAUGUGAUAUGAAUGGUUGUCAUGGUAACCACUGUAAACAAGUAACGGUGGUUGUCAUGGUAACCACUGUAAACAAGUAACGGUGGUUGUCAUGGUAACCACUGUAAACAAGUAACGGUGGUUGUCAUGGUAACCACUGUAAACAAGUAACGAUGGUUGUCAUGGCAACCACUGUAAACAAGUAGUGGUGGUUGUCAUGGUAACCACUGUAAACAAGUAACGGUGGUUGUCAUGGUAACCACUGUAAACAAGUAGUGGUGGUUGUGUCAUAGUAAACAGGUGUCACAACAUGUUAAGAGACAUGACAUGACGUUUGGGAUUACCUAAAGAUUAGCCCCCAGCUUAUUUCACCUGCAGAUUAACCAUCGUAAUAUGACCCAAUUUAACUUAACCUAACAGUAACCUAACAAUAUAACUUAACCUAAC